AAGAAUCCAACACCUGAUCCUAAUCCACAGAGCUCUCACAUCCGCCUCCUGAAGACAGUGUAGAGACUAGAGCAAUAUCCCCUCAUGGCGAUGCGGCCCAAGUCCGAGAUGUCGCCUCCGCCCUCCGACCAGAGGACCGCCGUCAUCGAGGAGUUGAGGAAGGGCGCCCAGCUGGCUGAAUGCCUCCGGCAACAGCUGGAGCUCAUCCCGGAGCUCGGUCGCCGCAACGCCGCGCUGGCCAACGCGAGCAACAUCUCCGCGGCCCUAGUGUCGUCCGUCUCCAUGCUGCAGUCCGACAGAGAGCAGUACAGCUGCUCCUCCGACGCCAGGGCGGCGUCCUAUGCUGCCGGUGCCUCCGGUGCCGGUGGCAGAGGCGGCAGCGGGGCACGAAGUGGAGCCAUUGCCCGCACCAGAAAAGCGAGGCACCGGCAAGGCAUCCAUGGCGAGGAGCUUCCAUUCAAGGUGACACUAACUGAGACACCAGAAAAUGAUGGGUUCCACUGGAGGAAAUAUGGCGAGAAGAAGAUCCUGAAUGCUGUUUUUCCGAGGUCAUACUACAGAUGCGGAUACAGCGACGAGCACAGGUGCCCGGCAAAGAAAGUGGUGCAGCAGCAAAACAACAACGACCCUCCCGUGUUCAUGGUCACCCUGAUGAACGACCACACAUGCAGCAGUUUGUUCCCUGCUAAUGAUCAACCACCCAGCAGCUCAAACAGUGCUACAGCUAACUCACAAGUGCUUGACUUCACCAAAGCAUCGCUCUCUUCAGCUGUUGGUGUCUCGAGGUUGAAGAAAGAGGAAGAUGCAGGAAUGUCGGUGACCGUGCCUAGCUACACGUAUGAUGAGCUGGCUUCUUAUUCCUCGCUGCCGUUGCUCUCGCCAAAGGAGUGGGAGAUGGAGAUGGAGAUCAAGUCACUUUUUAGCCAUCACUCGGGAGGUGGUACUUAGCUAGCUAGUUAUUCGUUGAAACUUAUUGCUUUUCGCUAGCUUGAUCACUUUGUUGCGUCCAAAUAACUACCUGAACCUGAAUAAUUGCAUGGAUGCGCGUGAGGGUUUAUGUACACGCUCUAGUGUUGUAGUGCUAGUAGUAUGACAGCACAAGUACAAGAAAUGUUUUUCUGAGACGUAUAACAGACUUGCGCUUAAUAACCUUUGGAG